UCAAAUGAACUUCAUGUUUGUAAAAUGCUCCCUCGGUUUGCAUGUCUCGUAUGUAAUAUGCUUGACCAGUUGGGCUUUACUGGUUCCACAUAUUUGUGCAACAACCCAUUGCCCUCCUCCAGAUUUCCCAGAGGGAGGCAGUUACUCACCAGUGAAAUCAGAAUAUGAGGUGGGAUCGAGAAUUUUUUAUUCCUGUAAGGAAAAUUUAUCACAGUUUGGGGUAGGCAGAAGAACAUGUCAAUCAAACGGAAGAUGGACGGAAGAAACACCUUUCUGUGACAGCUCUACAAAUAUAAAAGGCCUCAUAGCAUCUUCUAGAGAAGGAUCUACAGAAUCCGCUUUAAUCGACGGCGAUACGGACACAUGCUUUCGAACUCAGAAUGGCACAGAAGAGUUCCUGAGAGUAUUUCUGGAUCCGCCAGCUAAUGUAGAUGUCGUGUCGAUGUAUUUGCAGAAAGGCAGAACCGAUUUCCAGAUCUUACUUUUUGAUGACUUUUCAUCAAAUGGGACAUUUUGCCAUACAGACAUAGCCAGCACAGAGGAUGACGGCUGGUACUUUUUCUACUGCGAGUUCAACGACGUGACAGCAGAGUUUUUAACUGUGCAAACUGUUCCCGACAUUCCCAAUUCCAUCUCACUGUGCGAGAUGGAAGUUUUUACUAGAGAUGAUGACUGGUGUACAUCGCCACCAGGAAAUUUAGUGCCCAACGGUCAGCUGGAAGUCAGUCGGCACAAAGCAAUUCUCACUUGCAACGAAGGCUUCAAGGAGAAACACAACAGCCGAGUUUAUGCAAUAUGCGAAAAAAAUGAAUGGACUUAUCUAAGAUUGCAGUGCAUAGAAAUUCUUUGUGAUUCUAUUCUUCCCAACGUCAGAAAAUCUGAUGGAGAGUGGUAUUUUCAAGAAAAAGCUAACAAAUUGUCAGUAGGAACGUUAGCGUCAUUGAAAUGCAAAGAAGGAUAUCAUUAUGAGGGGGGACCUCUCACAGUGGAAUGUCUCAAAAAUGGAAGCUGGACUGAAACAUCGGCAACCUGUGAAAUCAACAAACCACCAAAGGCUUAUAAAACUAUAGCUAUCGUUGCUGGAGCUUUUACUGCAAUAGUAUUCCUUGCAAUGUCCAUCUUGAUAUUAUUUUUGAAAAGAAGGAAAAAAGCAAGAGAGCAAGUGGUCACACAUCAACAAGGCGAAAAUAACAUCCACUCCAACCCUCCUUCUGCUGGCGGCCAUAGCAGCUUAGGCCUAUCCGACGCAGUGUGCUCUGCUGUACUCUAUGAAGGAAGUGAAAAUAACCAAUGUGUUCCAAGUGCUCCUCCUUUGGAAUCGCCAAAUUUGACUUCAAAAUUAGAUAGAAAUUAUGAAAACCUCGUUACUGAUUAUCCAUAUUUUGCUAAUAACAUUAAUCAACUUCCUUCCAUUCCUCAACGAUGGACUUAACAUUUGGAUUAUUUUACACUCCUACGAAUUGACCAUACACACCUCUGUUAAGGAUUUACACAAUGGGUAAAAAAGGGACAAUCUUAAAUUUAGCAGAGAAAUAAGUAUUCCCAAUUUAAAAUUUCAAUCAAAAUAGUCUUAAUUGGCAUUUUUCAGACUUACAAUAAAUGAUUAACUCUUUGCCAUCAUUGGAAUUUGUGUGUGUGUGUGUUUGGAUGGGAAGUCGAGACAGAUUUCUGACUCUACAUUGCUUAUUUAUAUGCUUAUAUAUGUCAUAUAGAUGUUCACAAUGUAAUUUAUCAACUAUUUUCCUUUUCCCGUUUUCAAUUUGUAAUCUCAUUUCUCUGUAAGUUAAAUCCAUUGUCACCAUUUGUUUUAGCCUCCAUUUAGUUAUUAUUUUGCCAAAACAUUAAAUACAGUCGUGUAGGGUUUGACACAGAUAAGAUUCUCUCUGGAGAUCCCUGGGUUUUUUGUCCUCUCAUUCUUUCUUUUAUCCUCUUUUUUUUUCCUUUUCAUUUUGUGCUCCACCAACUGGUUAGAUAACUUAGUGUUAUAGGUACCAGGAGCACAGGAUGGAGUUAUGUUAUGUGUAUGUGGGGAGUAGGGAUUGCAAUACCGGUAUUCCGGGAUACCGAAUCCCGGUAUUUUGAGUCAUUUGUACAAUUUUGUAAUACCGGUAUUCACAAGUUUAAAUACCGGUUUUUCGGUAUUUACUCGAAAUUUUUAAAAUUGUCUCCACUAUAUGUGCAGGUAUCGCGAACAUAGCAAUAUAGUAUACGUUUUUGUUUUUAUGUCUCCCUAACGGGCGAAAUUAAUUAGCUAAUUAAUGGCUUAAUUAAUUGCUUAAAUCUAAAUUAGCGAAACAUGGAUUAUCCCUGAAAGAAAAUAUUGUAUCCAUGACGACUGAUGGAGCAACAGUUAUGAAAAAAGUUGGAAAGUUGAUUGGUGCAAAUCAGCAGCUGUGCUAUGCACAUGGGAUUCAAUUAGGAGUAAUAGAUGUAUUAUACCAAAAAUAUAAAGAACAGAAGAAUCCAAAUACUGUGGAUAUAGAAACUUCGGAUUCCAACUAUAUUACAUUGAAAAAUUUCACAGAAGAAAGGCAUACCGAAAUAGAAAAUGACUUAUGGUAUUUACAUAAUUCCAAUGAUUUUAAAAAUGGAAAUAAAAAGAAGAAAAGAAAAUAACCUAUUCAAAUCUGAUUAAGUUAGAGUAAAAUUUCUAAAAAAUUUUUUUCCCACAAACCUAUCCACAUUCAGAAUUCGGUUCAAUUAUCGAAGAUUAUGAUGUCACUACUGUCGAUAGUGGAAAGGAAUUGUCUCUUGAACAAAAAUUAGAAUUAGCAAUAAAUAAAAAAAAUUCAACGAACCAAAAUACAAUACAGAAAUCAGCUAUAUCCAAAACUAUCCGACGAGAAAUCGAUUUAUUUGAAGAUGAAGGAUUUAGAGGUAAAUACUUGAAAAAAAUAUAUUGCACCCAGCUAGCGUAGAUGCCGAAAGAGCGUUUUCGACAGCUGGUAAUUUUUACACAAAAUUACUUUUCAGGCUUAAUGACAGUACAAUUGAUGCAUUCAUUUUUUUUUAGAUCACAUUUCAAAAAUUUGUAAUAGUAC